CUUCAAUAAGCCAAAGGCAGCUAGCAACUCGUGUUAGUAAUGCCUUUUAUUUCCCAGAAUUUUAUGCAUACUUGGACUUUUGUAAAUUUUCAGAAGUUGUAUAUUUUUAGCACAAGUUUAGCAGUUUUGUUUCGUUAGUUUGUUCUUGUAUUCUGCCUCUACUUAAUGCAGAUUUUUUUUUUUUUUUAUGAAAGGCAAAAUAAAACAAAUUUUUGAAGUCUUUUUGUAUGCAUCUCUUGCUGUGCAAAGCAGGCCCCGACAAGUGGCCGUGUAGCUCUGGGUGAGUCUUUGGGCAUCCACCUGCUUCAUGGAUCACCGUGCAUCCGCCUCCAAAUCUCUAAGUAUGGUUGACCUCUAGAUGACAAAACGUCCUUGUUUUUAAGUUCUUCACACUGUUGAGAGCUAUUUUUCCAUGGUCAGCUGGCAAUUUUAGCGUGCAACCUCUUAGGUGUAUUGACUAAUCAAUGCAUUUGUGGGCAUAGUGUACCGUAACGUUAUUUAGAUUUUAAAUAUGCGUGCAUUGGGGUAUCCUGUACGCGUUGAGGUUGAUUUUGACAUGAAAUCGUCCAGUCUCCAGCCAACCGCCCGGAGUGUAUACAUUAGCUCGCAAUACUGAACGUUCUUUAAAAUGCUACUUUUCUUGCAACGAUUGUCUAUUACGUAGGCCACCGUAUCCUGUGACCCGCAGCCCCUCACCCGACUUCCGUGCGGUAGUAGCAAACACGCCACAGUGCAUAAUUAAGAUGGUGUUGUGAGGAAGCGCACGUACUCCACGUUCGCGUGCUGGGAAGCUGGAUAUCGCCGUCACAGACGGAGCGGGCGUGAAACACGGCAUCUGUGGCAAGCCUCCAUACGACGCCGGACGGAUGCACUGCAGAUUUUCCUACGGCUCCUUUUGUCAAUAUAUGUAUGGGAAGAGUAGUGCUAUUUCAUCUGGAUUUUACCGGUGGGGGGCAGAAUAUUUUUCAUUUCUAUAACCCAAAGGCUAAGAUUUGUAUCUCGUACCAAGCUGCGGACAGGGAAAGCUGGUCCAUGUGAUGCGGGAGCAGCUGAGCAGCUUGGGACGCUUUCACACCCCCCCACCGGCGGAAGGACGCUGAGCCGCGGCCGGACCCCAGCCCCCGGGUGUGCGUGCUGCCCUCGCAGUACCGUCGACCGUCUCCGAGGCGCGACCUCUUGGUUGUGUGGAACGUCUGCUGCCGCUGUGUCCGGGUGAAUCCCCUCCGCCUGCCUUGUGGAGGGAUCCGCACAAUCCAGAUAAGAGCCACUCAUUCCCCCCCCUCCCCCGAGGCCAUGUCGCUGGACAACCCCAUGGCGCAGAACCCGGGCUGCAAGAUCUUGACCUUCCGGCCCACAAUGGAAGAGUUCCGUGACUUCGCCAAGUAUAUCACGUACAUGGAAUCUCAGGGGGCGCACCGCGCUGGCCUGGCCAAGGUGAUUCCUCCAAAAGAGUGGAAGCCGCGCCAGUGUUACGAGUCCAUCGAGGACAUGGUGAUUCCGGCGCCCAUCAUGCAAGUGGUGACCGGCCAGUCGGGUCUCUUCACGCAGUACAACAUCCAGAAGAAGUGCAUGACUGUGGGCGAGUACCGCAAGCUGGCCAACAGCGAGAAGUACUGUACCCCCCGGCAUAAAGACUUUGAUGACCUGGAGAGGAAGUACUGGAAAAACUUGACAUUUGUUUCACCCAUCUAUGGUGCUGACAUCAGUGGCUCCCUGUACGACGCGGACAUCUCAGAGUGGAACAUCGGCCACCUGAACACCCUGCUGGACAUGGUGGAGCAGGAGUGCGGCAUCGUGAUCGAGGGCGUCAACACGCCCUACCUCUACUUCGGCAUGUGGAAGACCACCUUCGCCUGGCACACGGAGGACAUGGACCUCUACAGCAUCAACUACCUGCACUUCGGGGAGCCCAAGUCCUGGUACACCAUUCCCCCAGAGCAUGGCAAGCGACUGGAGCGGCUGGCCAAAGGCUUCUUCCCCGGAAGCUCCCAAGGCUGUGAUGCCUUCCUGCGCCACAAGAUGACGCUGAUUUCCCCGUCCAUCCUAAAGAAGUACGGCAUCCCAUUUGACCGGAUCACCCAGGAGGAGGGAGAGUUCAUGAUAACGUUUCCGUAUGGCUACCACGCCGGCUUCAACCACGGCUUCAACUGCGCCGAGUCCACCAACUUCGCCACUCUGCGCUGGAUCGACUACGGAAAGAUGGCCACUCAGUGCACCUGCCGCAAGGAUAUGGUGAAGAUCUCCAUGGACGUGUUCGUUCGCUGCUUGCAGCCCGACCGCUACGAGCAGUGGAAGCAGGGCCGUGACGUCACCGUGCUGGACCAUUUGAAGCCCACCAGUCUGACCAGUGCCGAGCUGGAGCGCUGGAGGCAGAACCGGGUUCUGUACCGGGAGAAGCUGCUGCGCAGGGCCUUGCAGAAGAAGAAGCAGCUGCGGAGACUGAACCUGGAGGAGGUAAAGGUUCUGGCGGAGCAGGGCAUCGAGCUGGAUCCUGUGGAGUACAUGCGGCAGGUGGAGGAGAGGAAGGCGCAGAGGUUGAGGGAGCGCGCUGAGCGGGAGGCGCGGGCCGCCUUGGAGGCCAUGGAGAGGGAGGAGGUGGAGCAGGCAGCGGGGGAGGCAGGUGGCGAUGCCACAGCGGCGGGUCCCAGCACGACAAAGAAGAAGAAGAAAAAGAAGAAGCUGGCCAAGGCUGGGGAGGACUCAACAGCGCCGCCCGCAGGCGAGGGUGACAUGCAGACGGAUGAGACCCGGUCUGUGGUGCCCACGGUAUUCGUCGUGCCCGCCCCCAAGAAGGUGGUCUUUGAUAAGGAGCGCAUGUCAUGCCAAGAGGCCUUCGAGCAGUUCGCCAAGAACGAUGAGCCAGCAGGGGGCAGACCUGAGAAGAUAAUCCAGGCCAGCCCAGCCUCCUAUGCGAAGAUGAAGAUGGGCGUGGAGGUGAAGAAGAGCCGGCGACACCCCAUCAGCAAACCCCCGAGGCGCUCCCCCCUCUCCAUCGUCAAGCAGGAAGCCUCCAGUGAUGAAGAGCUAUUCUCGCCUCUGCCAGGAGGGGGCGAAAAUGAGCAGAGCGAGGACAAGGCAGUGACGCAGUGUCACCUGUGGCAGAACCGGUCGCCCAACUUCCUGGCGGAGCGCCGCUUCAACGCGGCCGUGGCCACCAUCGAACCGUAUUGUGCCAUCUGUACCUUGUUCUCCCCGUACUUAGUGCCCCACAAGGACCCAGCCCUUACUGCGGACAUCAAGCCCCCGCGUAGCGGCAGCCGGACCCGCCCCAUCGUCCCGGAGGUGUGCUUCAGCUCGGGGCCCGAGAACAUGGAGCCGCUGCCUGCCAACUCGCACAUCGGGGAGGACGGCACGAGCGUGCUGCUGUGCUGCUCCAGCUGCUGCCUGCAGGUUCACGCCAGCUGUUACGGCGUCCAGCCAGAUGAUCUGACUGGGGACUGGACGUGUUCCCGCUGUGUGGCUACGGCAUGGACAGUAGACUGCUGCUUGUGUAAUUUGAGAGGAGGGGCUUUGAAGAAGACUACCGAGGGGAGGUGGGUGCACGUGAUCUGUGCCAUCGCCGUCCCCGAGGCACGCUUUGUCAACGCCCUGGAGAGGGAGCCGGUGGACGUCAGCGCCAUCCCCGAGCUGCGGAAGAACCUGAAGUGCGUCUACUGCCACAAGAGCACCAAACAGACCCGUGGUGCCUGCAUCCAGUGCUCCUACGAGAACUGCUCCACCUCCUUCCAUGUGACCUGCGCACACAUCGCCGGAGUGCUCAUGCAGCCUGCUGAUUGGCCCUAUGUCGCGUCCGUCACCUGCCACAAGCACAACACUGGCAGUCCCAAGGGGGCAUCAAACUCGACGAGGUCACGGCUUUCCUCCCGAGACCUCCUGCUGGGUCAGAGGAUCGUCGGCCGGAACCGCGAUGGCUGGUACUACCCCUGCUGGGUCAUUGGCAUGGCCACACAGACCUUCUACGAGAUCAACUUUGAGGACGGCUCUUACAGUGACAACGUCUACCCCGACAGCAUCCUGGACCAGGAUUGCCUGUGUCUGGGCCCCCCAGAGGAAGGUCAGCUGAUCAGCGUGCAGAGUGUGGAUGGCUGUGUGCGCAGGGGCAAGUUCGUCAGGACCCACAUGCAGAAGGCGUACCAGGUUGAGUUUGAGGACAAGUCGCAGCUGAUGCUGAAACGCAGCGAGCUCCAUCUUCUAGAGCAGGAACUGCCCAAGAGAGUCAAGUCUCGGCUGUCCCUGACGGUCGCAGCCACUGCCUCCUCGAACCCAUCUCUGUCGGGCGAUGAAGCGCAGGCAGCCAAGAGACCCCGCUUGCCUUCCCCCCCAGAGCCCCCCGUACCCGUGUCCCCCUUGGGGGGCCUCUCUGCAUGCACAUCAGCUCUGCCUCCGGCUGCUGCGGCCACUGCUGAGUCCGGCCUCACUCCCCCAGCUGCGUACGGCUCCCCGGACGCCCAGGCUGGUCCUCUGGACGCCCAGACCCAGGGCCCCAGCUACAUGUCCUUCAUGGAGUCCCUUCUGGAGCCACAGUACCCUCAGGCCGAUGCACACAUCUACCAAUAGGGGGAGUACACAAGCCCGCCGACGCUUUGCUUCGGCAGGAUCCCCCCGCCCCUUCAAAAAAAGGGACAUAUGACAAGGUGCUUCAGCUGAUAAAGCUGACAAAGAAAAAACUCAGUGGUCGUGUGCGAGGAAUCCCACCUCCACUGUCCUCCGUUUCCCUGGCUGCGUCUUCGUAGUCGUCAUCGUCGUUGGUGUCGUCACUCUUAACGUUGUUGCCGUGGUCGUUUUUCGUCGACUGUUGGGGAGAAGCUUGAACGCGGACCUUUUUUUCUGUCUCGCCCGCGUGUCUUCUGUAAACGGACAAGACUCAGAGCAUCAACGAAGUACCUCUCUAACUGUCUCUCUCUCUCUGUUUCUAACCAGGAAAUAAAAGGGACUCAUUCAGAUGUGAUGUUAGCGGGUCGCUAACCAUUUUGCAUUUUUUUUUUUUUUAUUUGAAAACAUGCCAAAAUACACAGUAAACUGCAAAAACCCAGGUGGACGAUGCUUUUGUUUGAACUAUUUGAAGAACUUAUAUUUUUUUCUGUCAUGCUUUUGGAAGGGGGACUAUGCAGGGUGAUUUUGUUUGGUAUUUAAGCAUCUAAUAGUUCAGGUAAAAAGACAAAAAAAAAAUUUGUAUAAAGACCUAAUGCAACAGCAGUACACAAACUGCAAUAGCAUAACAGCUGAGAAUGUGAAUUCACUGUUUUCACUGGGUUUUUUUCUGACGUUUACCUGACUUGUGUAUAUCACUUUUACUGGAAAUCAGCUUUUUUUUUUUUUAGCAAUUCUUUAAAAUGAAAUUAUCUAUUUAUUAUUUAGUAAUUUCUCUGAGUUUUAAUUUUAUUUUCCCCUCUCGUCGCCCUGUAGAAAUUUUUGAAUAUGAAGUGAUGUUAGACUGCUUUAGAGAAAUGUUUAAUAUGUACGGCACGACUAUUACUCAAAUGCUACACUUCACAGUCUGCGUGAUUUAUUAUUAUUAUUAUUAUUAUUAUUAUUAUUACCGUUAAGCCAUUUUUGUAAAUGGUGCUACGGGAACCCCUGACUACUGACUGGACUGAAGUUCAAGAGUGUGGCAGCCGUUUUGUCCCCAUGUCACCGUGAGAAAUUUUGGCCGGCAAACCAUAGCAUCGCCAUGGUUACCUUGAUUUGCUGUUUUACAAAGAAAAUGGUGAGAAAGGUGCUUUUGGUGCUUGUUUUUCCCCACAUUCUAUUUUCCUCCCUCUAACGGCAACAGGAGUAGGUCUGACUCUGUGUCAUAUCCGCUUACACGCUGCAUCUAUUUCCUGUUUUCUCGGCUCACACGACCAGCGAUGAGAGAGUCCGUUACAAGUCGGUAAAUUUUGUCAGAUUCUCGCCUGACUUGCUGGCCAGAGUGCCCGCUCGUGGUGGCUUGCCUUACCGUAGCUCUUAAAGACCAGCCAGUUCCCAGCAUUGAUUGCAUUAAAUGGAUCGGACGGAGGUUUGUAAUCAAUCAGGCCCACCCCUCCGGUUAUUGACCCUCUUCUGUCACGGCCACAGAGCCCCCGGUGGUGCUGUCCGGCAUUUCGGCCUCAAUUAGAGCAUUAUUGUUGUUCUAACAGUCUAUUACACUGGUGAAGCAGAAUUUAUACGUGGCCUUUUCUGCAACCUUUACAAAUUAAGUUUACAAACUAACAAGCAGAAUAUACACCUUUUCACAAAAAAAAAAUCAAAGGUUGAGUCUUAACUGUGGGAGGGGGGUGGUCUGUUCACACUAAUCUGCAAUAAUGUUUUGAAACCCCCGCAAAGGUCAAACCAACAUGUACCUUUCUGUCCAUUCAUAUUGUCAUACAUUGCAGAAUAAGUUUAAAAAAAAGCUAUUAAAAUGUGAAGUGAA